AUGAGUAUUGAUUACCACCAGCAUUAUUCUGGAAGCCGUUCGGUUGCCCAACGACUAAAACAGUGCUCCCUCAAGGAUCUCAAUAACACAACAUCAAAUGGUAGUUCCGCGUGCAAAACUCCCAAGUUGCUGGGCUGUAAACCGUCGCCGAAACUAACUUCGAAACAACGUAAUACAGUGCGCAUUAUCGCCCAGUAUCUUCGAGAUUUAGGACUAAAGGAGUCAUUGGAUGUUCUCACAGAAGAGAGUGGUUGCAAAGUCGAAAAUGCGAAUGCGCGACAAUUGCGCGAAGCCAUUUACCACGGAAGGUGGGAUGAAGCCACAGCGGUUUUGGACAAGUGCUACGCAAACCUCAAGCCUCUACAACUGCAGGCUGCAAAACUUAUCAUCCUAGAGGAGAAAUUCUAUGAUCUUCUGUAUUCCGGGAAUAUAUCGAUGGCCCUUCGCUUGCUUCGUGAGGAGUUCCCAAACACAGCAGCGGUGCGGGAAAAACGGUCCAUUUUGCCUGCCACUUUCAUACUUCCACCUGCGCGACUUGAGCAACUGCUCAAUCAAGCCCACGCUGCACAAGUUUCGAAAUGCCGAAAAAAGUCUACGCCUUUCUACGUUAAUACCCAGACACUGUGUGACCAUAAAUUUGAAGUUUGGUGUGUGGAGUUUUCCCCAGACGGAAGCCUCUUAGCCAGUUGUUCAAAGUCUACCCGCAUUUUUAUUCACUCGGUCAUCCGCGGUGGUGAAGAAGUGGAGCUGUUUGGUGAUAGCAACUUGCUGGCCGUUGCAUGUUCAGAACAAGCUCCGUUCGAUAUCAUGGUGUUCGCCGCAAAAGAAGGACGUAUGUUGCGAACAAUAAAUAAUCUGCCAAAUUCACUCUUCACGACUUGUGCCUUUUUCAAUGCACCUAACUAUUUCCUCAUUGUCGGCGAUGAACGAGGUCACCUUCAAAUAUGUGAUGUUAAGCAAUCAAAUGAAGUACUUGUACUCGGCCUAUGGGAAGGCUAUCGGAUCCGUGGUGUUUAUGGAAUGAGCGACAGCGUCACAGUUCUCGCUUCCGACACUCACCAUCGGUUGCGAAAGUAUCGAAUCGACAAUCGUAGUGAUGAGACUGUUUUCACGGAAGAAGUGCCCAUCAUUUCCUUCCGAGUGCACCCGAAUGAAAGAUUUGUUCUCACCACAACGCAACGUAAUCUCCGAAUGUGGGACUUACAGUCGAAGACGCUUGUAAGAAAUUUUUACGGUGCUCAACAAGCAAAUCUGGUUAUUCACGCUGGAUUUGGAGGUCUGGGUCAAGAAUAUGUCGCUACAGGGACUGAAGAUAAAAAGGUCAUGAUUUGGAAGAUUUCCAACAGCAAACAUGCGCUGAAGUUGAGAGGUCACAAGGGUGUUGUCAACGGCGUCUCAUGGAACCCUAAAUAUCCUAAUAUGCUGGCGAGUUGUUCACAGGAUGCUACAAUACGCAUUUGGAAUAUUGCUCGCAAUGGCCAGCCCCCAGAGCCACUCCUGAUGCAAAGGAAAGCUAACAAGAAGAAAGAGGGUAAGCAGUCACAAGAUUGUAAAGGAGACAACUGA